AAUGUGUCAGACAUUUCCAUAAACGCCCAUUGCAUAAUAGAAACUCUUAGGAAACUGCUUAGAUAUUCAUUUCCAGAAAUUCUUGCAUGUAGAAUUUAGGAUUUCGUGGCAUGGCGAAAGGAGAUAUACUGUACCAGCAAGAUGAACAACACAAUUGAACAUUUGCUUUUUAUGAUCUAAUAAUCAUCUACUAACAAAAGUGGCACGAUCUCCAUUGGGAUUUGGAGAAUAGGUAUCCUUACCGAAGGACGUGGAGACCUAGGGUGACUUCCCUCGUUCCCUUCUCUGCCUCCCAUUGGCCCCUAGUCCGCCCCUCCCUCCAUUUCGACGGGUCACGUCGCUUCCUAGUACGUCCAGUGUGAAGGGAGGAGCAAGGGUGAUAGCACACUUAACCGCUUCAUCUGUGCUUCAUCCCUGUUUAUCAAGUGUCAACAUUUAGGUAGUUGCUUCUUAUCUUUUCGCGAUUGUGUUAGACGUUUGAAGUGAGGUGGAUUUUAUCUGCGGUUUCUUCGACACCAUUAUUCACUGCUGAGGGAAAAAUGGCAAAAUUCAAAGUUAAUGAGAAUGUGAUGGCACGCUGGCCUGGCUCAAACUUGUGGUUUGAAGCAAGUGUCGUUGACUUCAAUGAUAUUGAAUACCAAGUGAUGUUCAAAGAUGAUGCCAAGUCUGAAUAUGUUCUAAAAUACAGGGAUGUUAAGUCUGUUGAACAAUUCCAAAGAAGUCGCUCCAAAAGCCGUGGAAGAUCUAGCAGCCGCGGCAGAUCUACCGGAAGACGAAAGAGCCCAGGGAGAAAGAGUCCAGGCCGAAAGAGUCCCGGGCGACCCACGCAAACUAGAGAAUCCGUCAUAGAAACAAAGCCUGUGAAAAUUGUAGAGCCUGAGCCAGUCCCAGUAGUCAUCAAGCCAAGAACGCCUUCCCCAAAGCCUGUUGUCCGUCUUGCUAUGGCCGACAAGUUUGCUCCACGAACCUCAACUCCCACAAGACAGUCUGCACGGAUUGCUUUGAUGGCCGAAAAGCAUGAUGAGGUUGAUGGACAAGUCAAUAACAUCAAGCCAGAAGUCAAGACAGUAACAGAAAAUAAAGUUGCUACCCAAACUCUUGGUAGCCGACUAUGUGGACUGACAUCCUGUGUUGGAGGCUGCUUGAAGUCAGCUGCAUGUGCCAUUAUUCCUUCUCUAGCCACUGUGAAGGCACUGAUUGCCUCUUUGCUGAUUGUGGGCCUGCCCUUCUUCUGUAAUGAGUUGUGUACCAAGAGAAAGUGCACAAUCCUUGAAUUCCCAAAUAUGCCUCGUAAACUUGAGGUUUAUUAUGAUUUGAGGGCAGUUGGCAUUGUGGCUGCAUUUUCCUUAAUGCAACUUCUGCUCUGCCUGAUCCCCAUUGGACGGAAGGUGAGCCUCCCAAAUGGGGCACAAAUCCGCUGCAAUGGCUACAUUUCCUUAGUUGUGACUCUGUCGCUGAUACCCCUGUUAAUGUACCUGGACUAUGAUGUAUUGAUCGUCUACACGCUCUUCCGUCAAAUAAUGGCCACCACCAUUGCUCUAGCAGUCCUCCUCGCUGUAGCUCUAUACAUCCGAGCAAGAUACAUUCCUGAUGAUGCCAAGAACCCGGUUGGUAACACGGGCAUAUUCCUAGCUGAUUUGUUCAACGGACGCGAGACCUGUCCUGCCAUUCGAUCACUCGACUUGAAAUUCUUUGUUCUUAGGAUUAUGGCAACUAUGUGGCUAAUGAUGAAUGUGAUAGUAGUGGUAAAGGAUCUGCAGAUUCACCUUGGCCAGUAUAGUCCAACACUCCUGGUUGCUUGCACUUUGCAGAUCUUCUAUGCUGUUGACUUUGUAUGGUUCGAAGAAUCUAUCCUGACCACUUACGAAUACACGAAAAAUGGAUUUGGUCUAUUCUUUAGUGUUGGCUCCUUACAAACUCCAUUUUUCCUGACAAUCUUGACAAGACUUGUACUUAACCACAGAACUGAACUUGAAUGGUAUAUUCUCUCUCUGGUUGUUGCUCUCAAUCUCUUCGGUUAUACGAUUUGUCGUGGAUCCAACUCGCAGAAGCACGCUUUCCGGACCAAUCCCUCUGAUCCGGCCUUAGCUCAUUUGGAAAGCCUGCCAACAUCUGCUGGAACAAGAUUGUUAGUCUCUGGCUGGUGGGGUGUCAUGAGGCAUCCAAAUUACAUUGGGGAGAUCUUGGUAAUGACCUCCUGGACUCUUUUGUGUGGAUUCAACUUUGCUUUACCAUGGGUCUUGCUUGGACUUGAUGUUCUGUUCCUAGUUGCAAGAACUUAUGAAGUGGAAGAAGCUUGUAGGAAGAAAUAUGGACUGGCAUGGAACAACUACACUGAUCGUGUAAAAUACCGCCUUAUUCCCAGGGUAUUUUAGAUAGAUCUUUGGCCCAUAAAACCUUUUUAUAUUUUAU